GUUCCUGGAACUGGCUCAAACUGCGAGCACACCUCGAGCACCCCGAGCAACUCAACUUGUGACUUCUGAUCCUGCCAUCCCAUCCGCUUGUUCCACUAUUUGUCUUUGUGAGCGUGAUAGUUCUUGUACAUUGACGACCUCCAGAGCCGCAUUCAGCCACUCGUCAAAAAGCCCUCGGCUUCAAACCGCGUAGCGCCACUGUCGCCCUCGUCCUCACCCUCACUCGUCCUCGCCCGCUAGCAGGCCAUCUUACUGUUCGCUUAGCCGUCGAGGUGAAACCUCCAAAUUGCGCUACCUCGUUUUCCUUCCAUUCUCUCCGACUCGUCCGACUUCACAUUGAUGGCAUAUACCUUCACCCAGUCCAUCUGACAACUGCUGCUGCUCUCUGCCCAUCGAUUCCGCCUCAGUCCCCAGUAUGGGCUUCGUUGCGAUAUGCACCGCCAUCUACGACUACCACCCGCAGAGCAGUGGCGAGUUAGAGAUCAAGGAAGGGGAACUGUUAUAUAUUCUAGAGAAGAGCACCGACGAUGACUGGUGGAAGGCAAAGAAAAAAGCUGCCGGUGAUGAUGACGACGAACCCGAAGGCUUGAUUCCAAACAACUAUGUCGAAGAGGCAAAGCCCGCCCAUACUGCCAAAGCUCUCUAUGACUAUACUCGCCAGACCGACGAGGAAGUUUCCUUCGCGGAGGAUGCUGUGCUGAACGUCUAUGAUACCUCCGACCCGGACUGGACCUUGGUUGGUGUCGGUGAUGAUUUCGGCUUUGCGCCAGCCAACUACAUUGAGAUAUUAAGCUCGGCCUCUGCUACACCCGCUCCCCCUCCGCGGUCGCCAUCUGUGCGGUCAAGAGGAUACUCGAAUCCGCUGGCAGCUGAGCCAGAGACGCCCGCAAGUCCGGUCUCCCCGGCUCGAUCUGUGCACAGUCCUGCCGCAAAUUUGGCCCGCGUCUUGGGAGGCGGAGCUCCCACUUCCCCAACCGCUGCUCGAACAAUACCGUCUCCGCCACCUGCUAUCCAACGUCAACAGUUUACUCCAGACGCCUCGGACGAAGAAGAGCCUGCACCAGCCCUCCCACGACGACCUACAUCACACGAAGUAUCUCAAGGUCCACUGCCUUCUCCUCCCUAUAAUCGAGCCAUCCCACAGCCGGAGGAUGAAGACGCUGCGAUCCGAUCCGCUGGCGGGUUUCACCUGUACAACAUCAGUGAAAUGGUCUCAGCCAUGGGAAGGAGGAGGAAAAUGCCGACAACGUUAGGCAUCAAUAUCGCGACGGGCACGAUCAUGCUCGCUCCCGAAAAGUCGAGAGACGGACCUUCACAGGAAUGGACUGCAGAUAAGAUGACACAUUAUUCAAUCGAAGGCAAACACGUUUUCAUUGAGUUCGUCAAGCCGAGUAAAAGCCUGGACCUGCACGCAGGUGCAAAGGAUACUGCAGAAGAGAUUGUGUCUGCGCUGGGGGAAAUUAAAGGUGCUCAGAGGGCCGAAGGUCUCCGGGAAGUCAUGACUGCUGCCAGCGGGGGGGCCACACACAAGAAGGGAAAGGUCCUCUACGAUUUUCCGGCCCAGGGUGACGACGAAGUCACAGUCGGCAUAGGCGACGAGGUUAUCAUUCUGGACGACUCCAAAUCUGAAGAAUGGUGGAAUGUCAGACGCCUGAAGAAUGGCAAAGAAGGUGUUGUACCAAGCAGCUACAUUGAGGUCACAGGGUUUACAACGAUCGAGCCGCCUUCGCGAUCUGGCACCAAUGCUGGUUUGUCCGUGGUUGAUCAAAAUCGACUUGAAGAAGAACGGCUGGCAAGGGAGGCGGCCCGAGUUGACAGGGCCCGACAAGAAGCGGAGCUCGCAAGAUCUCGCAGUGAAAUCCCCCAGCGCGGCAGCAGCCUCGCCGAUGAGCAACCACGCCGACGAGAUCGGAGAGAGAAGGAUGAGCGGAAAAAGAGUCGGUCGAAGCCAGACCCUGAGAAGGUCAGAACAUGGACGGACCACUCGGGAACAUUCAAAGUUGAAGCGGAAUUCUUGCGAGUGACGGAUGGCAAGAUCCAUUUGCACAAGGUCAAUGGUGUCAAGAUCGCCGUUCCUGUAACGAAGAUGUCACCUGAGGACCUUGAGUACGUUGAGCAGGUAAUACACGAACCGAUCGAGGAGCACAUUCCAGUGGCUGAUUUGAUUAAGAUGAGACAUCGAAAUCAAGAGCAACCAAACGCUCGAAGCGGAGCCAGCGUCGGAGCCAGGGCAACAGAGCAGGGAAAAGUCCCCGACUACGAUUGGUUUGAUUUCUUCGUCACGGCGGGUGUCCAUCCUCACCAUUGCGACCGAUAUGCUCAGGCCAUGAUUCGGGAUUCGAUGGAUGAAAGUGUCCUCCCUGACAUCACACCCGAAACUCUGCGGACUUUGGGUUUGAAGGAGGGCGAUAUAUUGAAAGUGAUGAAGUUUUUGGAUCAGAAAUUCGCACGAACCCGAGCUCCGACGACGAACGGUAUCAAUGGAGAAACGGCACAGGGUGGCCUCUUCUCGGGCCCAGGUGGCACUUUACAUAACAACACACGCAGAGGUAGACCGGAGGCAACCCGGUCGACAAGCGAUGUUGUCGACGCAGAUGCCUUUGCGCCGAAGGAGGAGGAGAAGAGGCAACCUUCGGACGCAAGAGCAACGCCUCUUACUCAGGCGCCUCCGAGGGAGCCCAUUACGGGCGGUUUCGACGACGAUGCUUGGACUGUCAAGGCCCCUAGCCACCCACCCGCCGCCUCACAAACAGCCCCGGCUCCUGCUCCUGCUGCUGCUGCCACCCCAUCACCGGGGCCCAAACCUCCAACGGGGGCAACGAAGGACUUGUCUUCUCUGCUCGACGGACCGCUGCCGGCUCCUCUUCAGCCUACUCCUGCGCCCGCUCCUGCGCCGGUUCAACAGCCACCACCACAACCUCAGCCGCAGCCUGCUCCACCUGUACAGCAACCCCAACAAACCGGUGCCAAUCCUGCUUUCUUCUCGCAACUGAACCAACCACCUCCACAACUGCAGGCUCAAGUUACUGCGUUCCAACCUCAGCAGCAAUUAAACAUUCCCAGACAGCGACCUCUGGCACCACAGCAGAGCUUUACCGGUGCUGGGCUGCUCCCGCCUCCUCCUCGCCCGACUUCGGCUCCUCAAAAUCCUCAACAAAACCAGUUUGGUCUGCAACCAUUGCAACCGCAACUGACAGGUAUUCCACGAGCAUCAGCUCUGCAAGCUCCCCCAGGGCAGAGCUUGAACGAUCUAUCCCAGCAACGCUUGCAGCAGCAAUUCCAACAGCUGCAGUUGCAGCCUCAGGCUACUGGCUUUAUUCAACCAAACCAAGGUGUUGGACAAUUUGGACUGGCUCCGCAAGCUACAGGCUUCCAGCAGCCACAGCAAUUUGGCCAGUUCCAACAGCAGCCAUACAUAAAUGGGAAUGCAGCUGGAAGUCCCUUUGCGGAUCCACGACCGCCCUUCCAGCCCCAACCUACAGGUAUACCAUUCCAGCAAAGCCCACCGCCAGGCGGCAUCAACACGGUUCUUCCACCAGCCCUUCAACCGCAAAGGACUGGGUUUGUGUCUCCUCCCCCUCAACCUCAGAUCAAUGGAUUUGGUCCAGGGGUUCAAACCCAGGGAGGAUUCCCCCAGCCAGCACCUCUUCAACCUCAACAAACUGCCUUCCAGCAACCUCUGCAAUCACAAGCCACUGGCUUCGGACAAGUGCCGCAGCAGAAUGGAUUCGGGGGCUUCCAAACACCGCCAGUGCCACCGCUGCCACCUCUUCCUCAACUCCCAACGAUUGCACCUCUACAGCCACAAAAGACUGGCCCCGCUCCUCCUGUGAAAUUUGGAGUUCCUGAGGCUAAGAAGUUGACUCCUCAACCGACAGGGAGAAGAGCAAACCUUGCCAAUGCGACUGCACAAAAUCCGUUCGGCUUCUGAUUCAAAUCCGCAACCAAGUGUGCUUAUGGCUUUCCUGACCACCACAAGGAGCUUUAAGACUGCCACGUGAAUAUCGGACUGUUAUUGGAGCUACCCCCGUUAGCCCUGCCCAAUCACGCCGUUGGAGGAUUCUCGAUCAAGGAAACCCCGAACAGUUACCCACUGUACAGCCAACCUGCUGCUUGGGCCUGCUCCAAGGAUACAGUGGCUUAUCGAGGGCAACGAAGGUUCGAUCGAGGCGUGAAUGAUACCUCCGCGGCUUGGCCGAGACCUUGUGUAAUCUUCACAGCAAGGGGGGAUUCGUGGUCGCAGGAACGGUAAUGGUGGAGAUCAUCCGAGACGAUGUUUUGUUGCGAUUGAGAGAUUCCAUAGCGAGCCAUACAGGAGUUUAUCCAUAAGGAAGAAGAGUCAUGUUUCCCGAGCGCGCAGAGUCUGGAAGCUGCAGAUAUUAGGUAUAUAUAUUUUGGCGCCGGAUCUAAUGACACGAGAUCAACUCUGGCGCCUUUUUGUUCUGUGAGCCUCUAGUUGAUGUCUCCCUGUAGUGUUUGGUGAUAUAGGGAGGACAAUACACGGUCGAGAAUGCUAUCUACUUAGGAACUUGGUCUGUAGUUAGUUGUAACGCCUUCUCAAUUCCGCAGUCUUCUUGACCCA